UUUUAUUUAGGCGGAAAUAUUAUUUUCGUCCUUAUUUUUCCAGUCCAUUCCUAUUUUGAUCCUUAUUUUUUAUUUUUAUCGCUUUUAGUCUCUAUUUUGACAAAUGCAUUUUGUUGUGGUCUCUACCGUUAUCUCAGUGACAGAAUUUUCCUAGGUGAUAGACGGCGAAAUAAAAUAUUGUUUUCUUUAUUGCAACAUGUCAGUGCACUAUCUCUACCUCAGCUUCCCACCAUUAACAGACCCAUGUGAGCCUCACAUGAAUUCCUUUCAUGUGUGUAAAGCUCCUCUCCCACAUAAAAGCUCCCAAACCAGUUGAAAUCCCUAACCCCUAAAUUCACGACCCCAACUCCUCUCCCACAGCACUGCCCAAACAUCAUUCUCAUGAUUUGAGCUCAUGGAAUCAAGCUCUAUAUCAACUGGUGGAAGCUUGAAGAAAAGAGGCCCAACCACAUGCUUCUGCUUUAAAAGACCUGUGCUAGUGGUAUCAUGGACACCUGAAAACCCUAGCAGAAAGUUCUACAACUGUCCAAAUUUCUGGGCUGGACAUAAGUGUAAAUUUUUCCAAUGGCGUGAUGAUGAAAUCCAUGAGCGUGGUAAGGUGCUGAUCCUAGAGCAGAAGCAAUGGAUACUAACACUUGAAGCUGAGGUUGUAGGCUACAAGAAGAGAGAGAGGAGGUUGCUCAUCUAUUUGGUGUUGUCUCUAGUGAUAAGUGGGAUGAUGCUCUGUGUGAUCCUAUCUUUGGUUGGUUAGAUAGGCGGGGUGAACAUGGUUAGAUAGGUGGGUAGGAAUUAGUGUUGGGAUUUAGUAGAAAAUGCCAAAAUUUUUAGGGUCCUUUUGUAAGUUUUGGUAGUUUGUUAGGAAGUGGUAUGUGUUGGGAAGUGAUGCUCUGUUUUGGUAUGGUUUGGUAUGUGGUUGUAUGUUUUGGCAGUGUGAUUCCAAUUAGCAUUGGAACACCUAA